UCAUCAAAUUGUGUGACAAUUUGUGACAUUUCUCCUCGCGUUUUUGCAAAAGUAAAUUUCUUUUAUUCGACCAAAUUUCAAUAAAAAAUUCCACAUUGUGCUAUUGUUGCUGUUCCUUGUGCAAGUGUCUACCCGGGCACACUGGGGAAAGUGAAAAUUUCGCAUUAUAUUCAUUUGGUAUUCACAAUAGGAAGGAAAAGUUGGAAAUUGAGGUUAGGGUAGCCGAGAAAAUUUCUUAUCCGGCCUCCUGUGGCGUAUUAUUUCCCAUCCCAAUAUGACAUCCCCACUGGAUCAAGACACAGUGCUCCAGGGCAGAGAUCUCCAUCUUAUGUUUCGUUUCUGGGAGGAGAGGCACGCCACUCCGGGAUUCGAUCCAUGUCCCAUUCUUACCAGACUAGCGGAGCUGAUUGAGGAAGAAACGGAGAUUUACAUGCAAAAAGAUCCAGAUCCCUUCGAUGAGCGUCAUCCAUCGCGUACUGAUCCAGAUUGUGAACUGGGGCGGAUGCUUAAAUUGCUCUUUAGAAAGGAUAAUUUUAUGACCAGGUUAAUGAGUGACUACUUCCGGGACAACUUUUUCACGCGACAAAACAUUCCCAAGAGUUCCAUGGAUCUCAAUGUGGCAGCAUGUCGACUGAUUCUGGUGAUAAUGCCAGGCUUAGAUACGUCAGCUGUGUUUCAGCGUGAACAUGAUUACCUCAUCCAUCGCCUCUAUACAUGGGCAGAAAGUAGUGCUGAACCACUGCAGAGCUACGCAACGGGACUUUUGGGGGCAUCGAUGGAAAUUCAGGAAACAGCCACGGGAUUUCGUGAUCAGAAUACUCACCUGUUGCCCAUUAUGCUGAAACGUCUCCAUGCACUGCAAGCUACAAAAGUUGUCUACCAAUAUCCAAAGGUUAUCGCAACCGAAGGAACAUCCUCAGCAUCCAAUCUGCAGCUUCACGAUGACUCCGCAAUGGACACAGAUGUACUACCUGAUCAGCAUUUGGGUGGUGGAUCAGCACCUACCAGUCCGGAGGGAAAUAAAUCAGCUACAAGUCCCAAAAUUCCCAAUGGAAGCAUCUACAAGUUCCGCAAUUCAACCAAUCUCAAUACUUUGCUGCAGAAUGAGCUGAGUACGAGCAAUACGGAGAAUAAAUUUCACGUCCGCAAUACAAUACCCAUCCAUCCACCAACAACAGCCACAAGUCAGAUGCUAAUUCUACGCUAUCUCGCCUCUAUGGGGGAAUAUCAGGAAUUCCUGGGACAGGUUUUUGAAAAUAAUGCAAUGAGCAUAAUAUUCCGGUAUAUUGAGAAGUUGGACAGCAAGGAGACCUGCUUGGCAUUUGAGGCAUUGAAAUAUUUAGCCUCUCUGCUGUGCCACAAGAAGUUUUCCAUUGAAUUUGUCGCGAAUGGAGGUCUUCAGCGUCUUCUGCAAGUUCCUCGGCCAAGUCUCGCUGCCACUGGAGUGUCCAUUGCUCUGUACUACCUGGCCUACUGUGAAGAUGCCAUGGAGAGAAUAUGCCUGAUGCCACCUAAAGUAAUUUCGGAACUUGUAUCGUAUGCUCUUUGGCUCUUGGGUUGUGCUCAUGAUUCUGGACGUUGUCACGCCACAAUGUUCUUCGGGCUGUCGUUUCAAUUUAAAGUGAUCCUCGAUGAAUUCGACAGUCAGGAUGGCCUACGGAAGCUCUACAAUGUCAUCUCUGUGCUACCCAUCUUAUCCAGCUCAGAUGAUGUCAAUCUCAAUGAUGAUGAGGAGAAUGCUGUACGACAGCUGGUACGGCAUGUGUGUGUCUCGCUCAAGAAGUACAUGGAGAGUCACCUCUACUUCAAAUACGCUCAAGUUACGCGGCAACAAUCACCGUCAAAUACGUACGGAAUGCAACCACAAUUUCGUGCCCCAAAGUGCAAUCCCGAAGUUAUUAGCGAUCAAGUGAGGAUGCUGCAGGAGAUGCUUCCCGUACGUGCUCAUUGGGCACCUGUGGAUAAAUUACUGGACUAUGGAGGUGUUACAAUUCUCCUCCGUAUCAUUGCCCUUACAUACGAAUGGAACUACAGUGGCCGUUUUGAAACUUGCAGGGCUGAAACAGUUCGAUCGGCUUUGGAUGCACUGUCCAUAUGCUGUGUCAUGCCGCGUGUUCAUCAGGUUUUCUGUGAACGCCUCGAAUUGCCGGAUGAUACAUCAACGGCUGGGAUGAAUGUGAUCCUAGGUGCGGCUGAGGGAGAAAUUGUAGCUGAUGCUGAAGUACAAAAAUCCGCCCUUGCAGUCCUCGUGCACUGUGUCUGUGCUCCAAUUCACAGGCCAAGUGGGAUGGUAAUACGUUUCGGAUCGACGAAGAAGAAAUCAUCGGUGAAUAAGAUAUCGGAGGAGAUUAUUCAAGCUAUCUGGGAGUGUGUUCGCAGCACAAAUGGCAUUAUUGUUCUACUCUCGCUAAUGCAGAUAAAGACACCGAUAACUGAUGCCGAUUGCAUUCGUGGUAUGGCGUGCAGAGCUCUCGCGGGACUCGCACGAUCGGACACAGUGAAGCAGAUCAUAAGCAAAUUAUCCCUCUUCACGAAUGGACAACUGCAGAAUCUCAUGAGGGAUCCAAUUUUACAAGAAAAGCGUACGGAACAUGUGCAAUUUCAGAAGUACGCCCUAGAGCUCAUGGAACGCGUGUCGGGGAAGACAAAGACGUCUAAUAGUCAAUUUGAUGCAUCCCUUGCAAAUAUUCACAAAGCCAAUAUUGUUGCACAGACAAAGAUUCAAUUCAAUGAAGUUCAGCUGUAUCAGCUAAUACAUCAGCAUUUGGUGUCACGUGGACUUGCCGAAUCGGCGGCAAUGCUGCAAAGGGAAGCGGGUCUCCUGACGUCCAAUCAGCAACAGAGAUCGUUGCUUCAUCUAUCGCCGUACAGUUUUCGUUCACCAAAUGCCAGUCACUUGUCCCGGAGUCGUUUGAAGCGUGAAACGAGUGUAACAAAUGUGUCAGCCCUACUCUCAAGUGGGUCCUUCGUUGCAGCUGACACGUCGUCGCAAGUGUCGGCGAAUUCUGUGCCAGUAAAUGGAAAGAUGGAUGUUGAGGAUUCAUCCUUUGUCACAUCCAGUACACCAAUAAAGUUAAUCAAAAAAUCCGCUCCACCCAGUAAUCCCACAAAUACAACCAACACAAAGGAGACACCAUUGUCAAAUCAGAGAUCACUGCAGAAGCAAAUAAGUUCGUCGGAUUCAUUCAUUGUGACCACAAAUCAAAAGGAAAUGACGACGUAUCAUCACCAGCCGAAUAGUAUAACACUUGAAACGAUAAUUACGGAGUAUCUGACAAAUCAGCAUGCUCUCUGCAAGAAUCCCAUGUCUACAUGCCCGCAAUUUGAUCUCUUUGUCCCACACAAAUGUCCCGAUCCGCGUCCAAAUAAAAUUUCAGGAAUGUGCCUCAAUUUUGCCGAUCGCUUCUUCCGACGACACGCUGGAUUCAAUUCCAAACGUCUCGACAGGCAUCUUGUACACUCAAAUUUCUCAAGUACGCGUACACUGAGAUCCCAAGAACCCGAUAUGUUCUUCACAUGCUGCGACUUUACACCAUGCUCAUCGUACGUUGUUGUGGGUUGUUUUAGUGGCGAAGUGAAGGUCUACAACAUCAAUGAUGGCACAGAGGAGUUCUCCAAUGAAUGCCACGAUUCCAAUGUGAGCAAUGUGAAGAUUAGUCGCGAUGGGAAGUUCCUUCUCACGUCGUCUCAGUGGCAAUCGCCACCCUUCACCUCCCAUUUGUGGCGCAUGGAGAAUCGUCAAUUUGAAAUAAUGUGGUCAGCUUCGGAUGAUGAAUACUGCGAAUUUAGCAAUGUUACCCAGGAUAAGGUUCUCUGUACAAAGUCAGAAGUUGCCACAAUUUGUGAUCUUCACACAGGAACGACAAUUGCAACAUUCGCUCCAAAAGUCUUCAAUCAAUAUACAAAGAAUCGCGCAACAUUUUGCCCCACGGAUGAGCUAAUUUUGUCCGAUGGGGUUCUAUGGGAUGUUCGAAGUAGAGUUGAGAUACACAAGUUUGAUAAACUCAAUCAAACACUUUCGGGUGUCUUCCAUCCAAAUGGACUCGAAGUGGUGUCCAAUACGGAAGUUUGGGAUCUUCGGACUUUCCAUUUGCUACGAACUGUGCCAAUUCUUGAUCAAUGUCACGCCAUCUUUUCCCCGCAAAAUGUUAUUUAUGCAUUCAGUGUGGAGCAAGACACGAGAUUGGAUGAUAAUUAUGGAUUCAAUUCGAGCUUCAAGACGUUGGAUUGUUACGAUUAUUCCAGUAUUGCAACAAUGGAUGUAAAGAGGAAUAUUCAUGAUCUGUCUGUAAAUCGUCAUGGGAGCACUAUAGCUGUGGUAGAGAACAAUGGAGAUUAUGAUUCAGUCCAGGAAUCCGUAAUACGACUCUACACCGUGGGAAGGAAGAAAAACUUUGAAGAUGAAGUUGAGGAUGAGGAGGAAGAAUCCGAAGGCUCUGAGGAUGGAACGAUAUCAGACACGGAAUCCGUAGAAGCCCUCCUGCGGGACAACGGAAGGGAUGGCGGUGGUGACAAUGACAAUGGAGAUGGGGGCAAUAAUGAUGGUGAUCGACGACAAAAUAGACGACGAAGACGCCGUCAGGUUGGAAGGAGGAACUUCAUGAGGAUACUGGGCCUUUCGCCACGAAGUACUUCAAGCAGCAGCGAAACAGGUAGUGACUAUUUGGCCAGCUCAGUGAACAAUGAUGAUGACGACGAUGACCAGGAGGGAGACAAUCCAAAUGACGAUGAAGCAGAGGAUUUGUUUAUUCCCGAACAAGAUGAUGAUUCCUGGACGAGUGUCUCAGAUUGAAAGCCAGAUUAAAAAAAAGGAGGAAAACCCUUAAAUAUCUCCCGUUAGACCUUCAAAAGGAUUUUGGAUUGUUUUUUUUUUUCUUCAAAAGGAAUUUUUUUAAGGAAAAACUUUUGUAAUUAUAUUGUAAUAACAUUUUUACAGCAGUGAGCUUUUAAGAUGUGCGUAUAAGAUUUAUAGUGAGAGGUCAUCGGGAGAAGAAGAAAAAAGUUGUGCGUGACACAAUUUUCCAAGUAAAUGUGGAAGAAACAAUAAAAAAAUGUAAGUAAAUGAUGAUUAAAAAUUGAUACUAUAUUUUCCAAAGAA